UUUGACUCCGGAAGUAAAUUUUCCGACAACAAUACCGGACGCGUUGGUUGUUUGUGUCCCAGUUUCUUCACAUUGUGUCUUUGUGACAGUAAAAUAAUUUUUAAUAAUCGCUUGUAGUGGAUGUUCCCUUUAAAGUUUGUUUUUUUUUUGUGCCGGAAACUUGUUUUGCAGCAGGAAUUUAAUGCGUGUUUGUCUUCAUUAGUCAGUUAGCUUAGCUUUCUUGUUUGUAGCUCGGAGGAGGCGCGAGUUUAUGUAAUUAUUAGUCCAUAAUAUCGGUGAUUAUUUUAGCGGAGAUUAGAUUCGGGUGUGAAGAUGAGUUUAGCGAAUAGCAGAGAGCAGAGAAGCACCGCCGGGAACCGGAUGGCCAAAAUCCUAGAAGCGGAGGAAGAGGACGAGUUUUACAAAACCACAUACGGAGGAUUUAAUGAUGAGUCUGGUGAUGAUGAGUACCAUGGCGAUCACUCGGACACUGAGGAUGAGGUGGACAGCGACUUCGAUCUGGACGAAGGAGACGAACCAGACAGUGAACAGGAGGAGGAGACACCACGCAGACGGAGCCGCAUUCUCACUAAAGCCUACAGAGAGCCCAUAAAGGUAAUGAAGCCCAGGGUGAAACAUCCAUCUGAGGAGCCGAAGGCUGAGAAACCAAAAGCAGAAAAACGUUCAACCCACGAGCUGCAGGAGAUUGGAGAAAUGCGCAAGUCAGUGAGGAAGUCGACUAGUGAGCACACGCGGAAGACGUUUGAGCGUCUGCAAGAGCGACAGCAGGAGGCGCCGAGACGCCGCAGAGUUCACAGAGACAAACCACUGAGUCAGGAAGAGUUACUGAGAGAAGCUCAACACACUGCACAGAGCAACCUGGAGUCACUGGAGAAUUAUGAGCGUCUCGAGGCUGAUAAGAAGAAGCAGGUGCAAAAGAAGAGGAGGAUUGAGGGACCGACAAUCCGUUAUCACUCUGUUCUGAUGAUGUCUGAGCUACCACUCAAAGACGAGAACGUGGAUGUAGAGGGCGCUUUUAAGAAUGGACAUUGACACAACAAACAACAAACAGCUUUACAGCAAUAAUACAACAUUCAGGAUAUAAAUUAUAAAUGUAUGAAUUUAUCCCUAAUGAGUGAGCCAGAGGUGACGGUGGUGAGGAAAAGCUCACUGAGACGAUAUGAGGAAGAAACCUUGAGAGGAACCAGACUCAAAAGGGAAUCCAUCCUCACCUGGGUGACACCGGAUAGUGCGAUUAUAAAUCAUUCCCUUCUAUUACUGUGUACCACAUGGACACAUAGUGCAGCUGUGUAACCAGGAAACUCAUCAGUUUUCACAUGAAGUCUGGUUUUCUUUUAAUCCUAUUCACUGUUCACUGAUGGAGUCCUGAGUACAAAAGUGCUCACAGCAACUGCAGUCCCAAGCCAUCACAGUACAACUCCCCAUAUGAGAUCCCCAAGCCAUCUCCACAGCUCCCAAGCAGCACCAUCCCCAGCAAUCCCAAUGAUCUUCAGGCCGUCCAUGUGGGUCCCCUGCAGUGAGUGAUCUCCAGCCGAUGAGAACUCCAACCAGAAGUAGGACAUCAGGAUGGAUCA